CGACCACUCGCGCUAUGCUACGCUUUGGAAACUCUAGGCGGCUUUUGGCUUCAUCGCGCCCCUUGUCGCGGGCUUAUCAGUCGAAAACGGGAUGCGAGGCUAACACUAUGCAAGGGAUGCCCCCGCCCCUUCAGAAUAUCCGCAUCUUGGACCUCACUCGGGUGCUCGCUGGCCCGACUGCGACGAUGCUUCUUGCUGAUCUCGGUGCGGACGUCAUCAAGGUUGAGGAAGUGCAACGGGGAGACGACACCAGGUCGUGGAGCCCUCCCGCAGCUCCUCUUUCUCCAGAUGCACCAGAGCAAGCCUCACAUCUUCCUCCAGAGUCCGCUUAUUUCCUGGCAACGAACAGGAACAAACGUUCCAUCGGAAUAAACUUCAAGAAACAAGAAGGCCUUCGAAUCAUUCACAAACUAAUUGAGAAGUCCGAUGUGCUGGUUGAGAAUUACAUUCCUGGAAAGCUAGCAUCAAUGGGCUUGGGGUAUGAUGAUUGCAGAAAAAUCAAUGAUAAGCUCAUAUACACAUCUAUCACUGGCUAUGGUCAGACUGGACCUUAUCGAAAAGCUGCAGGCUAUGAUGUGGUUAUUGAAGGAGAGGCAGGUUUGAUGCACAUCACCGGUGAACCAGACAGACCACCUUCUAAGGUUGGUGUUGCUGUUACAGACAUUGCGACUGGGCUCUAUGCACAUGGUGCUAUAAUGGCAGCUCUAUUGUCUCGGCAACAGACAGGGUGUGGUGUGUGGAUUGACUGUAAUCUUUUUGAGUCACAGGUUGCGGGUCUUGCAAAUAUUGCUUCAAAUUACCUUAUUACUGGUGCUCAAGCUGGUAGACAUGGAACAGCCCAUCCAUCUAUUGUGCCAUAUCAGGUCUUUCCCUGCAAGGAUGGAUAUCUCAUGAUAGGUGCAGGUAAUGAGAGACAGUUUGCCAUUCUUGCAGACAAGAUUCUUGGCCGUCCAGAACUCAGCUCUGAUCCACGGUUUAGCUCAAAUACUGCCCGUGUUAUGAAUCGUGAUGCAUUGAUUGUCAUUAUAUCAAAAACACUUAUGAAACAAACAAGAGAUCAUUGGCUUCAAUGUUUCUCAGGGCUUGGUGUCCCAUUUGGUCCCAUUAAUAAUAUUGAGCAAACUUUUGAGCACCCCCAAGCUAAGGCUAGAAACCUUGUUGUUGAGGUAGAGCAUCCUCGUGCUGGCCGUAUCAAGAUGGUUGGCCCAGCAGUUUCUUAUAAUGGAAAGAGAAUGAGUGUCAAUCGCCCACCCCCUUGGUUAGCACAACACACUGAUGAGGUAUACAUUAGUAUCACAUAA